GAAAAAGAAAACUCAGCUUUUUGGUUUAUACUCGAGGAUUGGUGUAUUCAUUUAGGUUUUAGAUGUAAUAUUGUGGAUCAUACCGUCGUCCAGAAUGUCGAAGGAAUUCGAUACCAACUUGCUCGGCGUCACACGACCGCCCCCGGAAAGCUGCGAUGAAAGAGGAAAACGGCUGAAAUUGGAAGAGGAAUCAGAAUCGGAAUCUGAGUCUGAAUCGGAACAGGAGUUGGAAUCGGAUUCGGAACAGAAAGGAUUCCCUUAUUGGGAUUACACAACGAAACCAUAUGAAGAUCUGGUGUAUGAAGACUUCUCAAGCCGGUUUGACAAUAACCCUAUUCCUUUUCGUUUUAGAUGUUCCCGCUUUUACUAUAGGAAUAAGGCGCAGAUUAAGAAAGACGAUGAAGAGGCUAAGGCAGUGGCUGAGUAUUUACGAGACUCUGCUAACAUAAGUCCCUUCGAUGCUAUCCCUGUUCCACCCUUAGCAAAUGUAUCUGCCAAUAACUUUCCCAAACCCAUUACUACCAUGAACGAUGAUGCUCGCACCUGUCUCACAGAACUCUCCAAGCUUUCUUUGAAAACGUACAAUAAUGACCAGGGUUCAGAUUACCAGUUUCAUAACCUUGUCAAAGCAUGCCGAUAUCACACUCCUUUUAUUACUUAUUACAUUACCUUUGAAGCAAAAGAUGCUGCCACACAUGUUGAUCCUUUCAACAGCCCUAUUAUAACUUUCCAGGCCCAGGUCUGGAAACGGUUUACCAAAGAUGGACCGCCUAUUGUCCAAUCGUGUUCCAUUAAAACCUAACUCCAAGUGUUUGAUAGGGCUUGUAGCAUGUGAGGAUUGGCAUCAUAAAGACGCACAUGAUUGAUUUGAUGAGAUUUUAGAAUGGCAACAAUGUUUGAAGCCGAAGGUAGAUCAGAAACAUUGGUGCCUAUGUUUACUCCGACGAAUGCACCUGCAUUAUACAUUAUCAAGAAUGUGAUUCAACAAUUGAGAUUGUUGACAAUGAAAGAGAUAGUUUAAGUUACCUAAUACAUUGUUUAGAGUAGUAGCAACAGUGAGGAACAAAACUAUGAGGAACCAUUUUUGGAGAUUCUUCAUUGCAUACAAUCCCAAGAAACAGAUGAAGAAAACAACACUACAUGCGAGAAUUGAGACUUUUAUGCCAUCCUUGUUCAUAUGAUUUUCCCUCCCAUUCCGAAACUAAACUAAAAAAGUCAUUCAUUUUUGGUAAUUCUAACUUGUGCCCCAUGGGCACAAGUUGGGGCACAAGUUAAGAAAGGCACUUAUAGAAAAUUUGUAUUGGAAAAAACAAUUAAAAAAUUAAUUUUAUAUUUUUAUUAAAGUCAAUACACAAUUUCCAAGAUAA